GCGGCGACGGCGGCGGCUUUGUACCGAGGGCGGAGUCGAGGCUUCCUCCAAGCUGGCGAGCUGGUGCCGCCGGCUUCCGAGCCGAGUCCUGCGGCGCGAGAGGCCCGCCGCGCACGCCCGCCUGGGCGCUCCAGCCGCGUCAGGCGCCCGUAUGGCCGGACCCGGCCGCGCAUGGCCGCUCGGCGCAGCAGCGCGCACCUGCAACAGGUGCGGCCGGGCCGAGCUGCACGGCGUGCCGAGCGCCCGGGGCCUCGCCGCCCGCCAUCAGCCUUGCAGCUCCUGAGCGAAGGGACUUGGGACCUGGACGACCUCGAGGAGUUGCUGGGAAAGGACCCGAGAGAGGCGUUUGCCCAGAGGAAGCGGGUGCCGUGGUCGAGUGCAGGAGUUGCCUAGUGACCUAGAGGAGGGCUUUCCCUAUCCACAGGUGGCCCAUCCAGAACCUGCAGUGCCCCCAGCAAGCAGGAGGAGGAGGCAGGCAGGCACGGCUUUCAAGAUCCUUUGGCUGUGAAGAGGAGCUGCAGUCCUGCCUGCUGCCUAAGGGAUGGGAUCAGAGAACAGUGCUUUAAAGAGCUAUACGCUGAAAGAGCCACCAUUUACUUUGCCUUCUGGACUUGCUGUUUAUCCUGCUGUACUGCAAGAUGGCAAAUUUGCUUCAGUUUUUGUGUAUAAAAGAGAAAAUGAAGACAAGGUUAAUAAAGCUGCCAAGCACUUGAAGACACUCCGUCACCCCUGCUUGCUGAGAUUCCUGUCGUGUACCGUGGAAGCAGAUGGCAUUCAUCUGGUCACUGAGAGAGUACAGCCUCUGGAAGUGGCCUUGGAAACGCUGUCUUCUGCAGAGAUCUGCUCCGGGAUCUACGACAUUUUGCUGGCUCUCAUCUUCCUUCAUGACAGAGGACACCUCACACACAACAAUGUCUGCUUGUCAUCUGUGUUUGUGAGUGAAGAUGGGCACUGGAAGCUAGGAGGAAUGGAAACUGUGUGUAAAGUCCCUCAGGCCACUCCGGAGUUUCUGAGGAGUAUUCAGUCAGUCAGAGACCCAGCGUCUGUCCCUCCAGAAGAGAUGUCUGCAGAGUUCAGCCCUCUUCCAGAGUCCCACGGACAUGCCCGGGAUGCCUACUCAUUUGGAACAUUGGUAGAAAGCUUGCUCACAGUCUUACAUGGACAGGUUUCAGCGGAUGUUCUCUCCAGCUUCCAGCAGACCUUGCACUCCACCUUGCUGAGCCCCAUUCCACAGUGUCGGCCAGCGCUCUGCACUCUGCUGUCUCAUGACUUCUUCAGAAAUGAUUUUUUAGAAGUUGUGAAUUUCUUGAAAAGCUUAACAUUGAAGAGCGAGGAGGAGAAAACUGAAUUCUUCAAAUUUCUGCUGGACAGAGUCAGCUGCUUGUCAGAGGAAUUAAUAGCUUCAAGGUUGGUACCUCUUCUGCUGAAUCAGUUGGUGUUUGCAGAGCCGGUAGCUGUCAAGAGUUUUCUUCCUCAUCUUCUUGGCCCCAAAAAAGAUAAUGCCCAGGGAGAAACGCCUUGCUUGCUCUCGCCAGCCCUGUUCCGGGCACGGGUGAUCCCCGUGCUGCUGCAGCUAUUCGAGGUUCACGAGGAGCACGUGCGGAUGGUGCUGCUGUCUCACAUCGAGGCCUACGUGGAGCACUUUACUCAGGAGCAGCUGAAGAAAGUCAUCUUGCCGCAGGUGUUACUGGGCCUGCGUGAUACUAGCGAUUCCAUUGUGUCAAUUACUCUUCAUAGCCUUGCAGUGCUCGUCUCUCUACUUGGACCAGAAGUGGUUGUGGGAGGAGAAAGAACCAAGAUCUUCAAACGCACUGCCCCAAGUUUUACUAAGACUGCUGACCUUUCCCCAGAAGAUUCUCCCGUGCACGUCGUCUGCAGCCAGCACAGUCAGAUCCCGCCAGCCUUGGAGAAGCCCUCCUCUAGCAUAUUACCCAAAUGUUUCUUUUCUGGCAACAUGCCCAUCAGCAGCAAGAAGUACAUACAGCAAGAUUACUACAAUACUCUUUUACAGACAGGUGAUCCAUUUUCUCAGUCUAUUAAAUUUCCCAUGAAUGGAAUCUCAGAUGCUAAAAGUUCUUCAGAAGACAGUGAAAACCUCCCCUCAGACUCUAAAAGGUCUGAGGAGUGGCCUGACUGGAAUGAGCCCGAGGAACCCGAGAAGCAAACCGUGGGCACACAGAUCUGGCCUCAGGAACCCUGUGAUGCUGCUGCUGCGGAGCCCAGAGGUGGAGGGGCUGAAACAACCCUGGGAGCGGGGGUCCCCGCUGCACUUCCUGUUACCUCAGGGGCGCAGACACCUGUCCCUGGUCCUCUUCCGGAGGAAUCUAAGCCUUUGAAAUCAAGCCCACCCCAAAAGACCAGUUUUGCACAGAGUGGGGAUGACCCAGACAAAAUCAAGCCACCAAAAGUAUUGUCACAAGAAAGGCCCCUUAAACUAACAUCAGAAUUUGGCUUAGGAGAAGAGUUUACAAUACAAGUGAAAAAGAAGCCGGUACGAGACCCUGAGUUGGACUGGUUUGCGGAUAUGAUCCCAGAAAUUAAGCCUUCAGCCACAUUUCUUAUUUUACCUGAACUGAGGACAGAAAUGAUGGUCCCCAGCAGGGAUGAUGUCUCACCCAAGAUGCAGUUUUCCUCAAAAUUUGCUGCAGCAGAAAUGACUGAAGGAGAGGCUGAAGGCUGGGGAGAAGAAGGGGAGCUGAACUGGGAAGAUAAUAACUGGUGACAACGGGUAUGACCUGAACUGUAGGAGGAAUGAUUCCUUAAGAAAAAAAUCAAUACCUCAAAAGCAGGCUGCAUGGACAAAACCCAGAAGCAGCCUGCUCUUCCCAUACCAGGAGCUCUUCACAGUCUGUGCCAACUGACGUGAGGCCAACCUCAAGUGCUAACCGACCGCGCGGGGUGGUCGGAGGCUUAGCACUGCUUUCUGCGAGGAGGAGCCUGUGGGUGUUUGCGUCCGGUUUCCAUGAAGAGCAGGGUGAGGCAAGGCUGAGCUGCUGCCUUUCCAGGACAGUUCUGGAGGUAAAGACAAUAAAUAUAAACAUUCAAGCUGGUGAGCUUAAUUUUGUGCCAUUUCUUGAACUGUGAGAAGAGUAGCUCUAUUAUGAAAAUACAGCCUAACUGAAAAAAUUUUAGCUAUAAAUUAUAAAUGACUUUAAAUUGCUAAGGUUUCCUUAGGCAGCUUAUUUAUUUGUUUACAGUAGUACUUUGAGUGAAAGGUCCUCUGUGGACCAGGGCAGUUACUGACUGUUCACAUGUAUUACGUUGUACCAAAGUUCUUAAUGAGAGUAUCCCUCACAAUCCUGUUCUCUAAAUGUCAAUAAAGACUAUUUUCACUA